AUGCUUUUCGCCAGGGACGCGGUGUUGGCCAGCCUGGCUCGACAGCCAGAAGCUAGCUACCUGAAGGUGGCACUCUUUUGGGGGAGGAUCUUGCCAGUUGGGGCAUGGUCGGCACUCAAUUGCACGCUAUGUAGCCGGAGAACCCCCAAGUUUCAGCGGGUUCAAAUCACGCCUUUUUCCCGCGAUGAGACUGUUUCGAGUGUCUUCAGAGUCAAACCACAAAUCAAAGGGCCCGUAGAUGGAUACGAAUAUAUCAAGUGGGAACCGAGGCUCGCACUUAGCGUCAAGCGUGGAUACGGUGUCCCAUCGCCGGCGGAAAUCAGGGAUACAGACGGACAAUGGUCCACCGACGCGCGCGAAGAGAGCCAAAUACGCGGCUGCUGCUUGCGACCAAUGCAAACGACGCAAAUUGAAAUGCAUCAAGGAUUCGGGUCGCGUGUCGGAAGAUUGGAGAGGGAUGUGGCCGAUCUGCGACAACAAGUAGCACGGCUUGCCGGUCUGGUAUCACAGGAUCAAAGGCCCUCAUUGCUAAAUGUAGCUGCAGAAAGCGGCAUAACACCUGAUCGAGCCUCCAUGGGCUCACACGAACAGGUGUCGAUCGUGUCGAAUGGCCUGAAAGAUCGAAAAGAGCCCCAAUUUCUCGGAACUACGCGACCAGCAUUCGGUCUGAGCGUAGCCAAAGCAACACUCUCGGCCAUACACGAUGUUUCGGACGCUGGUAGCUCAGAUAGAGCGAGCUCGCCUGAGGCUUUCCCACAGGAUCAAAUCGACCCAAGCCCGUCUACUCAAGAUCCCCUGCUGCGGAUACCUCUACCCACCGUGCUUCGACUUCUAGAUGUGUUCCAAGAUGAGAUCGAAUCAAUGUAUCCCAUCAUCGAUACUUCAGAUCUGCGUGCCCGAGCACCCGCUAUGAUUCGGCGAUUCAAGGAAGAGGUUACGAUGAAGUUCGACGGGAGACCUUCGCAGAAGGACAUUCACUUGGUGAAAGUUAUUCUUGCGACGGCUUUAGUGCUAGAAAACCGUGGGAAGAGCGAUAUUGGAAGCCAACUUCUCAGUUCUUUCGAAGACGACGCGCUUCGCAUUACCUCACCUUCAGAUGUCGACCUACAAGAAGCUCAAAUAUUCGCAAUCAUGAGUAUAUAUCAUUUUCAAUGCGAUGAGGAGUUACUUGCAUAUCGAAGCAUCGGUAUAGCAGGCCGUAUGGUUCUCGAAAUGGGACUACAUCGUCGACGCAGUCUUCAGGAGAACUAUACGGGCCCUGAGCAAAGAUCUCAAGCCAUUCACUUGUUUUGGUGCAUCUAUGUUCUCGAUAGGAGGUGGAGUUUCGGGACUGGUCUGUCCUUUGUCCUAGUCGAUCGUGAUAUGGAUCCCUAUCUUCCAGAACCACCACUUGAUUACCCCUACUUCCGAUGCCUCGUGGCUUAUGGGAAGUUAUGUUCGAAAGUAUGGGAGGCGAUACCACAAUACGGUUCUCCAAGUGAUACCAUGUCGCCAGACACUGAGGCUUCGCUGGAGACCAUGAUCAACACCUGGUUUUCCAGUAUACCCGAAGGCUUUCGUUGUGACGAUUCGGGAGCAUCAUCGUAUCUGUCGAGCUCUUAUUCACAGAGUCAGCUCCUGACCAUGCGGACACUGCUCUAUCUACGGGGGAACUACAUUCGAUGUUUGAUACACCGCCACCAUGUUCUCUCUACUGCAUCAAUAACCAAAGAUGUUACGGAUGCCCUCUUGGUGGUAAAGGUAUCGCAAGACUCGGUCAGGGCUAUAGUCAACCUGCACAGCAGCAGCGACAUAUACGCACGGCAACAAGUCGCUUACAAUUUCUUCUUGAUCAAUGCGAUCUCAAUCAUGCUUCUCGCUGUGUGCCAUGCACCUUCUCAAUUUGCCAACACCUGUCGCCGAGACUUCUUCGCUGCCAUUGAUCUCGUCAGGGGAUUCUCUCGUCUGAGUCUCCAGGGACGCAGGUUGUGGAGCAGUCUUCGCGGCUUAGUUUCACGGCUCAAGACGUUAGGCAUCAUGAAUGACGGAUCGCAGCCAUCAACAGGACACCAAUCACCGAGCAGGGCAACCGUCGCCACUCAUCCUGCCGUUCCUCAACAAGUAAGGAGUGCUCAGGACAUCUAUCAUAUGGGAAGCUGGCCAGUCGCUGGGAUCGGCAACACUUUUGACACAGCGGUACCUGAUAUGAACCGCAUGGGAGAUGAUCUCAUUGGCGUGUUUGAUACAUUUGGGCGCGGAUACAUGGACAUCGCAAACUCCAACGAACACGAAGAUCCAUUAACGUCCAGCUUACACAACCAGAGUGCUUCUUAUCUCCCAAAUGGAAGCGCGGAUGACUUUUCACAGUACUUUAUGGACAUGCUGUAA